AUGAGCAAACCACUUGUACGGAUUCUACUCCCUUCACGGUUCCAAGUGAUCACAAGUCCGCAGAACAAAGUCGUGCAACGGUUGGAGAGGCUGAGGAGGUCCAAGGCGGCGCGUGAGGAGGAAGGACAUGUCGUUGUUCAAGGGAUCAAGACGUUACAGGAACUCGGGUCAAAGGGACAUCAUUGCUUACGGACUAUUGGAGUCACGUACGACAUGGAAAAGGGUCCGAUUCGGUCGCCGGCGUUGGAUGUUGUUACGGCUGUUCUGCGGGAAGAGAAGGAUGAGGAUAGGGAGCAAUUGAGUCGUGGUUCGUUGAAGGAGCAAGGAUCAGGAGUAAGAGGGAAGGCGUUCAAGGCGGAUCAGUAUGUUGCCGUAUCGCGAAAAUUGACGACGCGGAUUCUGGGCACAGAUUCACCAACAGCAGAGCACGAGGUGUGGGCCGAAGUGGCGAUCCCCGAUCGCAGCACUUUAUUCUCUACUGUUGCUCAUGUACCUACUGCCAGUACCAGUAAGGAUGGGAAAAGUGGCAGCUCGGUAAUCGAGAAAUUGCUGGUGUUUGACCAAGUCUCAGAUCCAGGGAACAUGGGAUUGAUGAUUAGGUCGGCAAUGGCGUUCUCGUGGAGUGCGGGAUGGCAGACGCCGGGGACUGUGGAUCCGUUCAACGACAAGGUGGUCCGAGCUUCUAGGGCACUCUGUCUGGAUUUCCCGAUGAAGGUUGGAGGGCGGUGGACAGAGUUGGAUGUGUUCUUGAAGAGCAGAGAAAUAGUACCACUGGUCGCUGAUAUGGUUCCUGGUUGGAUUUCGCAGGAGGAAGGAAGAGGAGGAAGGUCUUCAUCAACAACAUCGGUGGCUAUUGACUCUCACAGACUUGUGUGGUGGAAUUGGCCGAGUUCACUGUCAAGGAGCAAGGCGCCUGAGAAGAUUGCGCUGAUAAUGAGUUCUGAGCAUCAUGGUGUGGAUGGACGAGAUGGUGUGGGCGAAGGCAGUGACGAGAAGCGAAGAGAGAAGGACGAGGAUCGGGCGGCCAAGAACCGGUUGUUGGCUCGGGCGGUUCGAGUGUCGAUUCCUAUGAACCCUGCGGUCGAGUCGAUGAAUGUUGCAGCAGCUGCGACGGCGAUGAUGUGGGAACUCAACCGUGUACUGGACAGUCAGGUCAAGAAAGGCAUGUCGAGGGAAGGAGAUUUGGAUCUGCAGAUCUUUGACAGGGACGCAUAG